AGGCUAAUUAGUGCGCGAAAAGGCAGAGACAGAGAGAGCCAACGGACAGCGACGGAGACGCACAAUUCGCCAAAAACAUCAGCAAUCUGCCGUCCGUAGCCGAAUUUUAUAUUCCUAGAAAAGCAGUCAAAUGGCCUCCCUCCCACCAACUUUCUUCCUCGCCAAACACCAAGCACAACAAUCACACUCUCACACCAAGUCCUGACACCACUUCACUUUCUCUUCCUCCUCCAAUGGCUUCUUCUUCGUUCUCUCAAGCCAUUCUCGCUUCCAAAUCCACUCUCUCUCGCCGAACUGACUCUCCAGCGGCUCUCUUCUUCUGUAGCAACUGUUUUGUUCCGGUGAAGAGACCUCUGUUGUUGCGGAAUCGAUGUUGCGGAAUUCGAGUCCCACGCGUCGCCGCUGAGGUACUUGGUGAUGAUCGAGCUGUUGAAGAAGACGAGAGGAGAGAGAAAGGCAAGGUUCUGAGAGUUGGACUUGUUUGCGGAGGUCCAUCUGCGGAACGUGGUAUCUCUCUCAACUCUGCAAGAUCGGUGCUUGAUCAUAUUCAGGGGGAUGAUUUGCAUGUAAGCUGCUAUUACAUUGAUUGCAAUCUCAAAGCCUACGCAAUAUCCCCUGCUCAGGUAUACUCAAACACUCCUGCAGAUUUUGAUUUCAAACUUGAAAGCCUUGCCCAAGGAUUCGAGUCUUUGUCUGACUUUGCAGAGCACCUUACUGGUUCUGUUGACAUAGUUUUUCCUGUAAUACAUGGUCGUUUUGGUGAAGAUGGUGGCAUUCAGGAGAUAUUGGAAAAAUCAAAUAUUCCAUUUGUUGGCACAUGGUCAGAUGAAUGUCGUAAAGCAUUUGACAAGUAUGAUGCGUCCUUGGAGCUCAACAGACAAGGAUUUGUAACUGUACCUAAUUUCUUAGUGCAGGGAGGUGAGUUGGAUGAAUCUGAUUUGUCAGAGUGGUUUUUGAGAAAUCAACUGGAUACUAACCUGGGCAAAGUUAUUGUAAAACCAACAAAAGCAGGGUCAAGUAUUGGAGUUACAGUUGCAUAUGGUGUUACUGAUUCUCUUAGAAAAGCUAAUGAAAUAAUUUCAGAGGGAAUUGAUGACAGAGUCCUCGUUGAAAUUUUUCUUGAAGGAGGAAGCGAGUUUACCUCCAUUGUCCUUGAUGUGGGUUCUGGUUUUGAUUGUCAGCCUGUUGCAUUAUUGCCAACAGAGGUGGAACUUCAAUUCCAUGGCAGUGCUGAUGUAAACGAGAAGGAUGCAAUAUUCAAUUAUCGAAGGAAAUAUCUUCCUACACAGCAGGUUGCAUACCACACCCCACCUCGUUUUCCUCUAGAUGUGAUUAAUAGCAUUCGUGAAGGAGCAUCUCUAUUAUUUCAACGGCUUGGCCUACGUGAUUUUGCUAGAAUAGAUGGCUGGUUUUUGCCACCUUCUGCUUGUUUAUCAUCUUCUUCAGAGAACAAGUUUGGAAAAACUGAAUCCGGUACAAUAAUAUUUACUGACAUCAACUUGAUUAGUGGGAUGGAGCAAACCAGCUUCUUAUUUCAGCAAGCUUCAAAGGUUGGAUUUUCUCAUUCAAACAUCCUCAGAACCAUUAUUCAACAUGCGUGUUUGAGGUUUCCCAGUCUUGCUUCAUACAAUAAUGUGUCCAGGCCCUUGCCUGGAACUGGAAGAUCAAAAUCUUCACAACUCACUGAUGUGUUCCCCAAAUACCACAAUGAUGUUCACAAAGUUUUUGUCAUUUUUGGUGGAGACACUUCUGAACGACAAGUAUCUCUUAUGAGUGGAACUAAUGUUUGGCUCAAUUUGCAGGCUUUUGAUGAUCUUGAAGUAACACCGUGUUUGCUUGCCCCUACAAAAGGUUAUUCAUCCAAGACAGAACCUGAUAACAAGGAAAUGGAUGUGAGCUCCAGAACAGUUUGGUCAUUACCAUACUCUCUUGUACUGAGACAUACAACCGAAGAAGUUCUUGAUGCAUGCAUAGAGGCUAUCGAACCUACGCAGGCAGCAUUGACAUCUCAGUUACGGAGCCAAGUGAUGGAUGAUCUCAUGGAAGGUCUGAAGCAGCACGAUUGGUUCACAGGGUUUGAUAUAUCUGGUGAACCACCAGCAAAGUUGAUGCUUGAGCAGUGGAUCAAGCUAGCUAAGGAAGUUCAGGCCACAGUUUUCAUUGCAGUGCAUGGAGGCAUUGGUGAAGAUGGUACACUCCAGUCUUUGCUGCAGGCCGAAGGUGUUCCUUAUACAGGUCCUGGCAUAAUGGCUUCUAAGACAUGUAUGGACAAAGUUGCUACAUCUCUUGCCGUAAACCAUCUUGCAGACUUGGGAGUUCUCACCAUAACCAAGGAUGUGCGGACAAAAGAGGAUCUACUGAAUUUGCCCAUAAUUGAUACUUGGCAGGAGCUGACCUCAAAGCUUCAGUGUGAUACAUUAUGUGUUAAACCGGCCAGAGAUGGAUGCUCUACUGGUGUUGCAAGAUUAUGCCGUUUGGAGGACCUUGUGGUAUAUGUAAAAGCAUUGAACGAUUGCCUUCUUAGGAUUCCUCCAAAUAGUUUGUCAAAGGCACAUGGAAUGAUUGAGAUGCCAAACCCUCCACCAGAGUGCGUAAUUUUUGAACCAUUUGUUGAGACUGAUGAAAUUGUUGUCUCUGCCAAAUCCUCAAAUGAGAAUACACGACAUCUUUUGUGGAAAGGACAGAGUAGAUGGGUAGAGAUAACUGUUGGUGUAGUAGGAAAAAGUGGAUCAAUGCACUCGUUGACUCCUAGUGUUACUGUCAAAGAAACUGGAGAUAUUUUGUCACUUGAGGAAAAAUUCCAAGGUGGAACUGGCGUCAAUCUGACUCCACCCCCAUUAUCAAUUGUUAGUAAUGAGGCUUUGGGAAGAUGUAAACAGCGCAUUGAACUCAUAGCAAACAGUCUACAGUUAGAAGGAUUUUCACGUAUUGAUGCUUUUCUUAAUGUCGACAGUGGUGAGGUACUGAUCAUAGAGGUUAAUACUGUUCCCGGAAUGACACCUUCUACUGUUUUGAUUCAUCAGGCACUGGCAGAGCAACCUCCAAUGUAUCCUCAUCGGUUCUUUCGCACACUGCUUGAUUUGGCAGCAGAGAGGUCUAUGUAAAUUUUUAACUCAUAAGAAUAUCUCCAUUGUUUCCUUGAAGACAUAUUGUUGUGUUGAUUUGGAUUCUGUAUGAAAAAAAUAAAUUAACCAAUCAAUCAUCCAUUUAUGUCUAGACAAUGUUGUCAUGCUGUCAAAAACUUAUGUAUAUACAUGGAUACAUUUUUAGAUGAAUGUAUCUGCUUUUUAUCA